UUUUAUCUGUGCACAUGAGUCAUACACAUGUCCAAAAAAAUCCUUCAGUAUGGAACAUACGACUGUUGUGAAUCUUGCGGAAAUUUUUAUGAGAAAAUGUUUUUAUUGGGCAGCACCGCCAAACACAUAUAUUGUGUGAUUUGUAUUAAGGCAAAAUUACGUAAAGUAAAUAAAACCCGCGUCCAAUCAUAUCGUGGUUACCAAUCCAAUGAGUUUUUACCAAAGCCGGAAAUUUUUGUUAAGCCAAAGAAAACCACGAUGACACUGAACAUUAAGAAGGCUUCCAGCUUGAUGGAUCUUUCGAAACGGCCAUUUCAGUGUCCAAACGGUGAUUGCAAUAAAUUCGUGUCAGUGAACAAUUUACAUGCUCACUUUAGAUACGAACAUCCGUCGAUCGACAAUCUUUUCACAAAUUUUAACGAAAGGAACAAGAUUCAAGUUUAUCUUAAUGACAUCAAAUACGAUACUUCGCAGUGCAUUUUUAUAUUAAAUGUUGUGGCUGCAAAUUCUCCUUCACACACCUUCACCUGUAAACCUACAUCGCAAUUCGGUUUGUUGCAAAUACUGGAAAAUCCAAACCCUAUGUUAUUCCUGCUCACAUCCAGAGUGAGGGUCGGCGUACCAGAAAAUCAAGACUCGGAAUUGGAGUCCAGCGAGACGGACGAGACGAGCCAGAGUUGCGACGACGAGAACUCAGAAAACUAUCCCCUGUUCAAAGAAAAUGACUAUGUCAUAAUUUGGUUGGCCUCCAAUUUGUUAUGGUCCAAUCUGCGUUGCACCAUUUCCGCAUCAACAAACGUACACGACGUACGACUGAAUUAUUACGGUACCAUUCAAGAUCUACGGAACGGUCCUUCGGAGGUUCAUCAAAAUUCCCGUUGUUUGAUGUUGAGCCAUUAUCAUUGCGACAAAAUGACCGAAAACGGACUUAAAUCCGUACUUUUGGACGUUGAAAUCCAUGAAGCUUAGCUUGCGGUCAAUACUGAUAAAUUAUCAUGUAAAAUGAGUUGUUAUAAAACCCUUAUCUUCA